AUGAGGGGUUCGAGAAUGAAUCCAGACCGUAGGACACGGAGCAUCAUGUCAGUAGUAAUUGUGAUGGGUUUGUGCUGCUUCUUCUAUAUACUAGGCGCUUGGCAGAAAAGUGGGACAGGGAGGGGUGACAGUAUAGCAUUGAGGGUGACAAAGGAAACCGACUGUACAAUCUUGCCAAAUUUGCACUUCGAGACCCAUCAUAGUAUGGGUGGUGUUAAUCCGUUGAUCAUGAACAAUAAAGUGUUUAAGCCAUGCCAUAUUAGAUACAGGGACUAUACUCCUUGCCAAGACCAGAACCGAGCAAUGACCUUUCCUAGAGAAAAUAUGACCUAUCGAGAGAGGCAUUGUCCUGCGGAAAAUGAGAAGCUGCACUGUCUUAUCCCAGCACCAAAAGGCUACGUCACCCCUUUUGCUUGGCCCAAGAGCCGUGAGUAUGUUCCAUAUGCAAAUGCUCCAUACAAGAGUCUGACAGUUGAAAAGGCAGUUCAGAACUGGAUCCAGCACCAGGGAGAUGUCUUCCAUUUCCCAGGAGGCGGGACAAUGUUUCCAAAUGGAGCAAGCUCUUACAUUGAUGAACUUGCAUCAGUCAUUCCACUUACUGAUGGCACCAUUAGGACUGCACUUGACACUGGAUGCGGGGUUGCAAGCUGGGGUGCUUACCUAAUGGAUAGGAAUAUAUUGACCAUGUCAUUUGCACCUCGAGACUCACACGAAGCUCAGGUUCAAUUUGCUUUGGAGCGAGGUGUUCCUGCUGUAAUUGGAGUGCUUGGGACUAUGAAGCUCCCAUACCCAUCUAGAUCUUUUGAUAUGGCCCAUUGCUCACGCUGCUUAAUCCCCUGGAAAUCAAAUGAUGGAAUGUACAUGAUGGAAGUGGAUCGGGUUCUUAGGCCUGGGGGUUAUUGGAUAUUAUCUGGUCCUCCCAUCAAUUGGAAGAAAUAUUACAAAACAUGGCAAAGAUCCAAACAAGAUUCAGAGGAAGAACAAAAUAGAAUUGAGAACAUUGCUGAAAUGCUUUGCUGGAAUAAAAUAUAUGAGAAGGAAGAUACUGUUAUUUGGCAGAAAAAGGCAAAUUCAAAUGCAUGCCAUAACAAGAAUGGUCGUACCAGCAAGAUGUGCAACGUUCAAGAUGCAGAUGACAUCUGUCACUUUUCUGUAUACUAUAGGUAUAAGAAAAUGGAAACCUGUAUAACACCUAUCCCAGAGGGAGCACAGCAGCUACAGAAGUUUCCACAGAGACUAUUUGCAGUCCCUCCCAGAAUUCUAGAAGGUACCCCAGGUGUUACAGAAGAAGUCUAUGAAGAGGAUAAGAAGUUGUGGAAGAAGCAUGUUGAUACAUACAAGAGGGUAAACAAGUUGAUAGGGAAGUCAAGGUAUAGGAAUAUCAUGGACAUGAAUGCAGGCCUUGGAAGUUUUGCUGCAGUGCUGGAUUCUCCCGGCUCCUGGGUCAUGAACGUUGUGCCUACGAUAUCAGAGAGGAACACUCUUGGCAUCAUCUAUGAGCGGGGUCUUAUUGGCAUAUACCAUGAUUGGUGCGAAGCCUUCUCUACGUACCCUAGGACAUAUGACCUGAUACAUGCCAGCGGUGUCUUCAGUUUGUAUGAGAACAAGUGUGACCUGGAAGACAUUCUUCUUGAGAUGGAUAGGAUUUUGCGUCCCGAGGGCGCUGUCAUACUGCGGGACAAUGUUGAGGUGCUGAACAAGGUCAGGAGUACGGUGACGGGAAUGCGAUGGAAGUCCAAGCUACUUGAUCACGAAGAUGGCCCGCUCGUGCCUGAAAAACUUCUGAUUGCUGUAAAAACGUACUGGGUUGGCAGCAAAGAAGGAAGCAGUCCAUAG